AUGAGUGUGAUCAUCAUUCAUCUGGAUACUUCGGAUAUUAGUGAAAUCGAUUCAUUACCGUGGCCUGAUAUUAACUUUAAUCAGACAGCUACAUAUCUUAUUUUUAUUCAUGACGACAUUUUAAGUAUAGAAAUCAACGAAAAUCUGCGCUCACUUAUUAUGAAACAUUUUAAUUCAAAAGUAAAAAAUAUUUAUAUAUUUCGAGCAGCAACAAUUUUAAAAGAAAAAAGUAAAACCUUGAAGUUAGGUAUACUUAGCUUAUUGAAAGAAGCUCAUAUUCCCAUAGAUUCAUUGUUCGAUAUCUCAGAACAAUUCAUAAGAGAACAUAACAUCAAUUUAUCAACGGAUAUGCGUACGUUCGUCAAAAGCAAAGCGUUACUUAAUGAAUUCGCUUCGAUAAUGAAGAAUUUAUCAAAAGAUAAUCCAGCUCUAGAAUUAUUUCCACUGUCUCAACUUAAACAACUAUCAGAAAGAAUAAUUCUUUCACCGAUGGAAGAGAACCAAAAGAAACAACUUACAAAGAAACUUCAUGAACAAUGUUUCAAGAAAGCACAUCCGUUAUUAACUAGAUUGGCUGAAUUAUCCAUUGAAAAUAAUAAUGAUACUGUUCCAUUUGAAAAUGCUGUUCUAUUAUGGAAUACAACAUUAUGGCAACGUCAACGAAAAGAAAAACAACAGAUAUCUAUCUCAAUACUUCAACAGUUAGAAAUGAGUAAAGAAUGUUUUUUACGAGAACUUCAAGAAAGAUCUACAGGAUAUGAAAAUCGUAACAAUAUUCAUUGCUUAUUUGACGAUAGUAAUCUUAUGAAACAAGCAUUAGUCAAAAUUUAUCAAAAUUCAUUUCGACAUCAAGAAUAUAUUGAAAUCAUUAAUGCAACAUCUUCUGUAACUCAUAAUAAGAUAUUUCAAGACACAUUUGCAAAUAAUUCUGAAGAUUUUAAAAGUUUUUAUACAAUAUCAAUCAUUGGUGAACAAAGUGGUGGAAAAAGUUUUGCAAUGAACAAAAUUUUUGGAACAAAAACUGCUGAAGCCAAGUUCAAAUGUACAACUGGAAUUUUAGCUAGUCGAGUAAAUAUUACUGGACAUAAAAAAGUAAAAGACAUUCUCAUACUCGAUACGGAAGGUCUUCUUGAUCGAACAAAGAAAAAUACUGAAGCACAAAUAUUUGAUCGUAAAAUUGUUCUAGAAAUCAUGGCUCGAUCUCAUAUAGUUUUAAUUAAUAUUACAAGAAAUGUUAAUAAAACAAUGCAACAAAUCUUAGAAAUUGUUUUAUAUGGUCUUAAUAAAUUAAGAAUAACAAAUAAACCAAAAAUUAUUUUUUUAUUCAGAGAUCAAGAUCCACGAACCAUGGGAGAAACACAACAACUUGAUGAAGUUAAAGAACUAUUUAAUGAUAUUAAGAAAGUAUGCGAACAACUCAAUAUUAAUAUUGAAAAAAAUAUUAAGAAAUUUGAUGUUCAUGAAUUUCCCUCACCGUUUGUUGAUAUAGUAGUUGAUGAAAGAGAAAUGUCAUUUUUUAAUCAUAGCUUUUGUCAACAAGCUUUAUCAUUACGAAAAAAACUUAUUGAUUAUUUAGCUGAUUCAGAACCGUUUGAUUCUUUUAGUCAAUGGAUAGAUUUAACAUUAGAAACUUGGAAACAAAUAAAUUAUAAUUCAAAUCUAUUUGACUAUGAAUCAUUAAUACAUCUUACGAUUGAAAAAGCAUUAGAAACAUUUUCGAAUAAAAUUUUAACCGAAGCAAAUUCAAAAAUGAGACAGAUUGUCGAGGAUAUAUUAAAAAGUGAUACAAGAAAUAAAUCAGAUUAUAUGGAGCUUUUAGAUGAUAUUAAAUGGAAACUUUCUAAUUUCAAGAAAGAACUUCGUGAAAAAUUAUUAUUAACAACAUUACCCAAUGAAAAAACAAGUUUAAUGAAACAAUACAAUCUCCAAGCAUUGCCCGAGACGUUAUUUGAAAAUACAAAAUCUCGAUUAAUGUUAAGUUUAGAACUUUUUCAAACUGAUCAUUAUACAGCCGCAGCACGAGAAUUUCAACAAGAUGAAUUUCAAAAAAAAACUGGCCGAUAUACCGAAAACUUUGUCUGA